UUACGACAGUUGGGUGUUAGCAACGUUGAUCGGUUUAUGGCAGUGGACUUCCGGUUUCUCGUUGAGGAACCUUAGUGUUUUGGGUGAGACGGCCGACGUUAGACAGAGGGAAAUAAUAACAACAACAAUAAUUAUUACAAUAAUACAUCAAUCAGUCAAAGGAUGGAGUCCCCGCCGCCUUUAGAGACGGUGCACCAGGCACUUCAAGCUUUGUACAACAAUCCAGACGUUAGUGGCAAGGAGAAUGCAUCAGUGUGGCUUGGAGAACUUCAAAGAUCGGUUUUUGCAUGGCAAGUUGCGGACCAACUUCUGACUGUCAAUCGAGAUCUUGAAUCCUGUUAUUUUGCUGCUCAAACAAUGAGGACAAAGAUACAAUGUUUCUUUCAUGAAUUACCAGCAUCAUCACACACAUGUUUAAGAGAUUCCUUAUUAAACCAUGCCAGUAAAAUAAAUCCAGACACUGCACCUGUGAUAGUAACUCAGUUAUCCCUUGCAGUUGCUGAUCUUGCAUUACAAAUGGGAACAUGGAAGCGAGCGGUUGUGGAUUUGAUUGAGAGAUAUGGACAGAAUGCACAACAGCUUCCGUUUCUACUGGAAGUGCUGACAGUAUUACCCGAAGAGAUCGGUAGUAAAGCUCUACGUCUUGGUGCCAAUAGACGGAUGGAAGUCUCUUACGAUCUGCUCAAAACCUCACCAGUUGUUGUACAACUUCUAACAGCAUGUAUAAAAAAUAACCAGUAUGAGACCCGGCUUCAAAUGAAGAUUUUUCGUUGUCUUGGAAGCUGGUUCAAUAUAAAUGCAGUUUCACAGGAGGAAAUAGUCAACUCAGCAGUUUUGCAUACAGCAUUUCAUGUAUUGUCAGUCAAGGAUUGUCCUUCCAAUCUCCAUGAAGCUGCAGCUGAUUGUAUCUGUUCAGCAUUGUGUAGUGUAGAGGAAUUGGGAAAAAAUCUGGAUUUAGCAAAAGCUCUGUUCCAAGGUGUUUUAACUUUGCAAGAAGCCUACCACAUAUCUGUGGCACAAGAGGACACUGACAAAACAAUCAAUUAUUGUAGAAUUUUUGCAGAAAUGGCUGAAUCCUUUUUACCUGCUAUAAUUUCUAGUCCAAACCAGGGUCUUGGUGACUUUACAUCCUUAGAUCUGCUUUUAACAUGUGUAGGCCAUCACUUAUAUGAAGUUGCAGAAAUCACUUUCAAUUUUUGGUAUCGUCUUUCGGAAGAACUCUACCACAAAAAUGAUUCCCAGAUGAAUGAAAUAUUCCGUCCUUAUAUUCAGAGAUUAAUUGUAGCUUUAUGUCGGCAUUGUCAACUUGAACCUGAUCACGAAGGUGUCCCUGAUGAGAGUUCAGAUUUUGGAGAGUUUAGAACGAGAGUCUCUGAAUUAACGAAGGAUAUUAUAUUUAUUGUUGGACCAUCAGUUUGUUUUACACAGAUGUUUACAACUCUGCAGUCACAAUCCGUUAGCAGUUCCUGGGAUAUUGCUGAGGCAGGUCUGUUUCUGAUGACUGCUGUUGCCAAAAAUGUUUCUCCAGAUGAGAAUGAUGUUCCCCAGGUAAUUGAAGCUAUGUUGUCAUUACCUGCUGACUGCCAUGUUGCUGUCAGGUAUACCAGUAUACAGUUAAUUGGAGAACUCUGUGAAUGGAUUGAGAAACAUCCUCACCUUUUAGAUCCUGUUCUACAGUUUCUCUUAGCGGGUCUCCAACAGUCUCUCUUGGCAUCUGUGUCUGCAACUGCUCUCCAGAGUAUCUGCACUGCUUGUCGUUCCCAAAUGAGAGAACACUUUGAUGGCCUUCUUCAGAUAGCACAAGCCAUGGAUUCUUUUAAUUUAUCCAACGAUGCUGCCAUUGGCCUGCUUAAAGGAACUGCAACCAUCUUGACUCAAUUACCGUAUGAAAGUGUUGGAGAAGGAUUGAAGAAAUUGUGCUCUUUUCAGUUGACUCCAUUAAAUAAGCUCAUUAAUGAAGGAGAGGUCAAUGUAAAGCAAGGCAGUAGCCAUGAUCCAACACUUUGGUUGGAUGGGUUAGCAGCAAUUUUCAGACAUCUUAACCCAUCUGUUCCAAAUGGCCAACCUCAUCCUUGCCAGUCUGUCAUUCAGGAGAUAUUUCCAGUUCUGUCUCAAGCUUGUGAUAAAUACCAAUCAGAUGUCCGUAUUGUGGAACGAUGUUGUCGCUGUAUUCGCUUUGCCAUUCGCUGUCUUGGUAAGAACUCGGCAUCUGUUUUACAACCAUUAGUAACUCAGAUGGUUAAUCUGUAUCAAGUCCAUCAACACUCCUGUUUUCUUUAUCUUGGAAGUAUUUUAGUUGAUGAAUAUGGCACAGACCCUAAUUGUGUCCCUGGUUUGUUGAAUAUGCUGCAAGCAUUUUGUACGCCAGCCUUCAAACAACUUGAAGAACAUAAUGGUCUUCGCAACCAUCCUGAUACUGUUGACGACUUAUUCCGUCUUUGCCUCAGGUUUGUGCAGCGAGCACCUGUUGCCUUUUUACAGUGUCAGAUGUCUAAAGCUAUUCUCUGCUGUUCAAUAGCAGCAUGUUCUCUUGAUCACAGAGAUGCUAAUGCAUCUGUGAUGAAAUUUCUUGAAGAUUUAAUUAACUGUGCAACAGCAAAAGAACAUAAAGAUGACUUUGAGACACGACGCACAUUAGUCGAAGACUUGCUACGAGAACAUGGCCAAACAUUAGUGCACUCUCUCCUCAAUACGGCUGUCUAUUGUCUUCCUACCUACAUGGUCUCAGACGUUGCUGAUGUGAUCUACGAAUUGAUGCUCUUCGACAGACCGACUUUCUGUCAAUGGCUGGAAGUUACUCUAAAAUCUUUACCAACUGAGAGCAGUGGUGGUACGAUUACAGCCACCCAUACACAGCUUACAGAAUUUCAUAAAGCUGUUACAAGUGCGGAGUCUGUAAAACAAGUGUGCAAUGCUAUGAAAGAAUUUGCCCGCCUCUUUCGGUAAUCUACUUAAUAAUAAGAACAACUAAAUCAAAGACAUUAAUCUCCUCUGCUUCAAAACACUGACAGAAAACAAAGCAAAUGGCACAAAAAUGAAAGAAAUCUGAAAAUAUUUUUAAAUAAUUUUUUUUUUACACCGUUCUUUCACCUUCUUCUGACAUCUUUGAGAAUUUGGUGACAAUCUGAAGGAAAAUGACUGAAGUUGGCUCUUUUUUUUUUUUUCUUUAUGGUAUUUACUGGAUGGUUGUCUUCAACAGUUCCAGUCUUCAUAUGGUGAACAACUACAACAGUAACAAUAACAAAUAAUCUUAGUUUCUGCAGCUGAUUUUGGAACACACCUCUCAGACUGGCUUCUUUUAUGACAUGCAAUGAGAAUAGAUGUGUUUGUGUGUGGGACCUGUAUGUGUGUGUGUGUGGGUUGUGUGAUGUGUGCCUAUAUGGAUUAUCUCUAAAACUAAAACUUUCAUUUAUUCUCUUUGUGACAUUUGACCUCUCACAUUUCACACCCAAAUGCUCACCCUAAACCAUUCUUCAGUUUUCUCUACCAGCAGAACACAUUGUGAUUCUUUUUCUAUUUUUAACUAUUUGUCUUUUAAAAACAAACCCCAAAAACUGAAUAUUUUACCUUUAAUAUUAUUUUAUCUAAAUUCGUUUCUUGCCUACUGUUACCAUCGCCACAAGUCUAUCGCUUUUUACUGUAUGUAUGUGUGUGUGUGUGUGUAUAUAUAUAUAUAUAUAUAUAUAUAUUACAUAGACCACAGAGAGUAAUCAGUUCUAUCUGUCAUACUGGACAUCAAACUUCCUGGCAAGGCCAGACACAAAGUGUAGCAGUAGAAACAUAUUGCUUUCACUCCAAAGUGGUUUACUACUUGCCAUAUGUAGCAAUACACAUGAAUACUGGGACAUACUGCAGUUGAAAGGGAUUAGUGCCCCAAGAGCCAGGCUUGCCUCUCCUCUUUCUCCCCAACCAACCAACCUGUUCUUAUCACUUUUGUCAUCUUAAAGGUAAAUUCCAUGACAAGACUAUGAUGAAGGCGGUUGCCCCCCUUUGCCUCGACCAGGUCAAACUGCCUGACAACUGAGAUUGGUCAAGAAAGCAAAAGUCACACGUUUUAAUGAGGCCCUCUGUGUAUGUGACUCUCCUCUGACCUAGUUCUGGCUUAACCUCAAUAAAGUGUAGAGGCAAUGUUUAGUAGUCAUGGCCAAGACCCUGCUAGCUAAAUCUAACUAAACAACAAAUGUUGUGUGUGUAUACAUUAAUGUAUGUACACAAAUGUAUACAUACAUAUAUUCCUCUACUUGAAAAGCAGGUAAGGAUUAGUGACUGGAUAGGCAUCCAGCUGCAAAACAAUGCAUCAAUAAUGUAUUUGUCUAACCCAUGCCAGCAUGGAAAAAGAAGUGUCAAGACGAAUGAAUAUAUUUCUUUGAAAGUGACACUUCACUUGCUUGCUGUUUUUGUAUUUUCACAGCAACUGGAAAACAAGGAACUGAAUAGCACAGACAUGCAUAUACACACACAUGUAGUUAUAUACACAUACACAUAUAUAUACAUUUUUACAUAGAGUAAUCUAACUAAUAGUUAAAAAAAAGGAAAAGGAUAACACAGUACCUGUUUUGCUAAACUGAAGGAUCUGAGACAGAAGAAUGACUAUUUUAGAGAGAAAGAGACCCUAAUACCCUGCAAAAACCACCCUUAAAUAAAGCCAGUCUAUUUCAAA